AUGCGGCGCGACAUCAAGGUGGGCCGCAGCUCGGGGCAGCUUUUCUUCACGGCCUGCGGCACACUCAUCUUCCGCGUCUACGCCAAGGGCAUGUGGGGCGACGCGUCAGAGUACGUGUGCGAGGAGUACAGCCGCCUGGAGGAUGAGGGCAACACCAUCAUCAGCCGCCAGUGCUGCAAGCACAUGGCCAGCGGCAAGACGGCCACGCAGUACCUCAUCGGCGAGUGGGCGGGGGACUCGCCGCCGCCGGGGCACGUGUGA